AUGCCGGCUGUGAUGAAGGGUCUGACGGUCUUCGUGGCCGAUAUUAGGAAUUGCGCGGACAAAGCCGCCGAACAGAAGCGCGUGGAGAAAGAACUAGCCAAAAUUCGAACCAAAUUCAACAAUCCGCGACAGCUUUCUGGGUAUGACAAAAAGAAGUACACCUGGAAACUGCUCUAUGCGUACAUGCUUGGCUACGAGAUCGACUUCGGGCAUGUCCAAGCUGUUAAUUUAUGCAGCUGUACCAAGUACUCGGAGAAAAGUGCAGGCUAUCUCGCUUGCAGUCUUCUCUUUCACGAGAACAGCGAGAUCUUGCGGCUCACUGUGAACGUUAUUCGCAAUGACAUGAGCAAUCCAGCUAACGAGUCGGUGGCAGCGCUGGCGCUCAAUACAGUAGGAAACAUUGGUGGUGUGGAAUUUGCCGAAAACUUAUUCGCCGAUAUUUGCAAUUAUGGAAGAACACGAGAACUCCCACGAUUUCAAUUGCAAAGAAUUUGAAGAACAAUAGAUCAUAGUACACAUCGCACGUGUACAUAAGCGUCGUCCUCCCCCUCCUCCUUCUCGUUGUACUUGUCGUUGACGUGGUUGAUUAAAUUUGUUUAUUACAAGUUUAUUUCCUCUUCCUCUAAAAGUAACUCGUCGCACCUGGUGUGUCACCUUACGUAAAACGCAAGGCUCUUAUUUGCCUGCUGCGGCUGUACCGGAAAGACAAUGGGACUAUUGAUUUUUGGGAUGACGGCUUGUGGCUGAGGCGUUUUCAGGAAAUCUUGCGUGAACGUGAUGUUGGUGUACUCCUCUCGGGUCUCGGAUUGUUACUGGGAAUAUUCGAGACGGUGCCCCAGAAGAUGAGUUACUGGACGCCUUUAGUGGAGCAGCUACUGGAAGCGUUGAAAAGCAUCGUUUACAGCCCGAACCCGAGCGUUCCAGGGGUGUCUUCAUUUGCAGAACUUUAUGGCGGCUCGUUCAGGAAUAGCUUAUUCCCGUGAGCCUGUUCUGCUUACUACUCACUCGCGCAAUCUUUGUUCUCUUUCUUCAUCAUAGUGACGAGCAUGACUGCAGCUUAGUACCUUCCUUAUAGAAACAUAGCAGUGAAGAAGAAUCCGAAUCCCCUUCUGUACUAAAUUCGAAUGUUGCUGUAUCCGCUUUCCCACUUGGCGUUCCUAGCCUGAGGUCCUUUUCACAUUUAUUUUGACGUCCUCUUCUAGACUUUCAUGACCUCGGAAGCCCUCCGCUCGUCCGCGAGCAGCACAUGUACUACGGUGUAAAAGCGCCAUGGCUGCAGAUAAAGCUUUUGCGCGCCUUGCAAUAUUUUCCUGCAAGGCAAGCCUUCUUCGCGCCAGGGACCUGGAUCGGCAACGAACUUAUCGGCAUUCUGGAUCGAAUGCUUUCUGCCGCAGAGAACGGGCUGCCAGGCGCAACGCCAGGAGCAGGGCAGCAGAAACUGCCGAAUACUAUGAAGAGGAGUCCUCCUAGACUUGUUAGAGGACGAAGGAUGUUACUAGAAGUUAGUAGUUUGAUAGCCUCCACAUCUUGAUCUUGUUAGCUACAUGAUAGUAAUAUCGAUUUUUAGGAUCCAUUUUCCUCUUACGACAAUAUCAAGAUCUAGAACGACACCUCACUAACACAUCAGCCCUCUCGACAUGCAUCACCAUCAUGAUCAGUUUCCUUAAAUUACUAUCGUUCACUCUAAUGUUCGCAUCCCUCGAGACGCGGCCGCUAGACGAGCGCAGAGGAAAGCUGACGCGGAGCGCUUGAACCAGAGCAACGCGCAGAAUGCUGUCAUCUUUGAGGCUGUCAAUUUGGCUAUUCAUCUUGACGACUGCUGCCCCGAGGAGCUUACGCGUAGUGCUUGUGCGCUUCUCGGCACAUGCGUCUCUGCGAAGGAAGCAAAUAUCUAUGACUGACGUAUUUUUUGUUAUCAAGAAUUAUUAUACUCACUGUGUCUGCGAGUGCGAAGGAAAUGAAUAAGAAUACAUACCCACUUCGUUUUGGACUUUAUAAUCAAGAUAUUGAGACAAAUACGAAAAUUCUACCUGUAUCUUGUUGUUGUUCAAGUUUAUCCAACAGCAAGAUCGACAGGACUGUGGUCCAUGAGCACCUUUGCCUUUGCUCUUCUUUUUCUAUAUCUAUCUCUAUCUCGUCGAUUACAAAUUGUUGCAAGUUCAGCAUCUUGAGAUGUAGUUGUAGACGUACCAGCAGCACAUGAUGCACUACAAACCGCCGCGCCCCAGUUUUCUCCUGCUUGUUCUUUCAUUAUCUCCGCUAUCUUGGAUUGGAAGCCAUGAGCAGGCUUGCUCUGACGCUUGUCGACUCUCGACUGGAUAAAUACCGCAACCUAAUCCUAGCUCAAAUGCAUGAGCCCGACAUCAGUAUCCGAAGGCAGGCGUUGAAUCUAUUGUACUUUUCGUGUGCUAUUUUUUUUCAUCUUCCGAUCGCGUACAAUGUGUAGGACUGCUACUAGCUACUUGAUGUUCGAUUGUUUUUACGCCACAUAGUGACCCUUGGUCGCCAGUUGCAUUCUCUGCUAACAAACUUCCGGCUUACUCAAACGGUAUCCUUCAAAAAUUUGUUAAGGUAUAGCAUCUGCAGUCGAGAAAAUUGGCAGCACAUAGUCGACGAAUUGCUGGAGGUGCUUUCUAAUUCUGACGCGGGCCUACAGGAAGAGUUGGUUCUUCGAGUUGCAAUUUUAGCAGAGCGAAAUGCGCCUGAUUUCACUUGGUAUUAUGGACGGAGAGGUGGAAGUUGAAGUUGUAGAACUUCCUAUACUUGUUGUAGUUGUGACUACUUUUCAGUAUCAUCCUUCUAAUUCAUCGUGGAUGUGGUCUUCAAGAUGUUGGAGUAUGCACCGGACAGUGUCAACGAGGACGUGUGGCAUCGAGUAGUUCAAAUUGUGACCGGAAUCGAGGGAGCACCGAACACUGUCGCACCCAACAAGAGCACCAGCACAACCAACGAGGAACUCCAGUUAUGGAUCGAAGACAUAACAUUUCUACAACCUUGAUGGGUGAGACUUGUAUCUUCUGUAUUUGUUUGAAAAAAUGUAGCGCCUUUUGGUCUUCCUCCUCGGCUCGGCUCAACAUAUUGUCACUUCUACAAGCGGCUUUCUUGACUGAGUCUUGGUAUAGUGGAAGCUCCAUCAACCUCUAAUCCAGAGGUAUGCUGCGGAAAAAGCCUAUGCAUCCUUGCAAGCGACUAACCCGCAUCCAACGAUGAUAAAACUAGCGGCAUAUCUUCUUGGAGAGUUCGGACACGAGUGUCGCGAUAUCCCCCCAGCAAAACAGUUUGCUCUAUUUUAUGAACAUAUACUGAGUUUCAGUUUUAGUUUUUAGUUGCGCUUUGAUACAACUGACUGUAGUUUGAGAAAGCCUUGUAAUCUCCGGUCCGAUUGCGACGUUUGGUAUUGGUUACAACUAACUGUACUGGGUUGAGAAGAAUUGGGAGUGGUCUGGUUGGUUAUAGGAGAAGUACGUAAUUUUUGGUAUCAUGAUAAAGACUAAUCAUUACCACUUCCCUUCUCUCACAGCCCAUUCGUCGCAUCUUGAUGCUUCCCAUGUGUUUUCUCCCCCUCCUUCACACCCAGCAGCGCCAUUACCUGAACCUGAGUGCUGCAAGCGGGAGCGAUUGGGAGUGGGUAGGCCAUAGCAGCGCUGCCAAUCCAGCAAGUGCGAGCGCUGGAGGCCAUAUAAUGUAUGGUGGAAGUCGCUCGAGCACAUCCACGAUGCGUGGCGGCCUAGCACACAAAGGCUGGGGAGUUGUUGGUAGUUUUGGUCAUGUUUAUGUUGAUGAUCAGGUAGUCAUGUUGCGAUAUGGAUGGUAUGAGUGGGACCAAUUCUACGCUACGUCAGACGACUCAGUCCCAGCAUGGUAGGAGUUAAUUCGAUGAUUCUCUCCUGUACUUCGACGAGAUGAUGAAUCCUAGUUGCUCCUCCCGCGAUCGCGAAUGACCACGGAGCUACUGAGACUUAGUAGAAGUUGUUAACCUGGCUCUCGCUCUGUCUUCGUUGACUGAUGAUUGUCUUUUUCUCUCUAGUACAAAGAACUUCCUCGCUCACUUUCUGGACGAUCUCUUUCACCUUUUCUGACCAUUCUGUCUUUCUUUCACCUUCUCUUGAAUCUCACUUUUAAUGAUUAUCCUCUCUUGAAUCUCACUUUUUGAAUCUUCACUCAGGUCGCACAAAAGCCGCUUUGCUUUUGGCGUUUGGCAAGUUGCUAAACGCGAAUUCUGGCGAAAGCAAUCUGGUGGUUGAAAUCCUUAAGAUUUUUGAAGAGUUAACGGACAGUCCUGACGUGGAAUUGCAGCAGCGCGCUUGUGUUAAGGUCUCAGCUUUUAGUCUUGCUUUUCUUGUCCAACAUCUUCUACUCCAUCUCUCUUAGUUGAUCUUGAUUGUAACAGCAUCUACUCUCUGGUGGUAGUCGUCGUGGUAUGAUCCUUUUCUUCUUGAUCAUGUUCCAAUAGAUUUAGAAGAAGACAAGGGAGGAACAAAAGGUGCCAAGAUAUUGGAGCGACCGAGAUGAAUUUCAGACUUAUGAGCCCGAGAGGGUUAGUAGACAUGAAACGCUUGGCCAUGACCAUGAGAUGGAUUCAGAUCUAAUUAUGAGCUUAUCGCACUCCAUGGAAACCCGGAUGCCAGUGAAACAGCGUUGGCGAUGAUGCCACCUUGGCCAAGCGGACGAACGAAUCCGCUCAUAGCGCGCGUUCGCAACAAAAUGAACGCUAGUUUUAAGGCUUCAGCUCCUUGCCCUAUGACAUAUGAAUCAAUGAAGAAGCACCUUCGAGUUUGGUCCUCGUUUUUUUCUCUUAUUCUCAAAAGCGGAAAACACGGCAAAUAUGACUUUCAUGUUCAAAAUGAAUUUAUUACGUAAAAAGCUCGAAUAGUUCCGCAAGCACGGCAACUGCAGCGGGAGCGGUGGGUAGUGGGACAACAGGAGGGGGGCCACAAAGUGGAGGUGGUCCGAUUGCUGCAGUGACCAGCAUUGUGCCUUCGAGUCCUGGAGGACUGGGAGACGGCGGGACGUCACAAGAGCAGCUUGCAUUGAUGCAACCCGGGGGAGCGGGCUUUAGCCCACCACCGAGAGUGGUACUUUCAAAAUGAUGAAUUUGUCAUUCAGUACUUGUUCCCUAUAGGGAGAUUUUGGAUUCAAUAGGAUAGUACUCACCGGCGUUAAUAUGAUGAUAAUCGAUGAUCAUGAUGAUCAUUUUUCUCAUGAUGUAGCUCCAUAAUCGAAACUGGAAAAAGGAAAGAGAAUCUAGACCGCGAAACUAACACUUCAGCCUCCACCAGCCUCUGCCCCAGCAGUUUCUUCACCGCGAGCAAACACCACCGCAUUAGCGCUGCUUCCGCCGGGAGGCGCGAGUGCCUCCACUUCAAUUGUGCCUGUUAUUAAGCAUCUCAGGUCAGAGUAAAUGAUCUUUUCCUGCUAGACUAGGUAGUGGUAUUGCAUCACCAUACAACCUGAACCUGUCUUCCCGACUUAGGGAGUCAGAUUAAGCAUGCGUCCGCAACCACAACUUUACAAGUUAGUAUGUAGGAGAGGCGCCAUUGAGAUUGAGACAUGAGGAUGACUCCGUGAGAGCUCUAAUCUUGUAGCACAGGAAUCCGCAGAGGAAGAGGAAGAUGACUCUGACGAAGAAGAGGAAAGCUCAUCCGACGAGGAAGGAGUCACUUUUCCGAGUCCCCGCGUUUUGUGGCAGAAACUCUGCCUUGAGGGCAAAGGCAGUUUCUACCUUUCCGCACAUCUUUGUCUCUCGUUGAAUUAAGGCUAGUUGUUCCCAUCUUGGUUUCUCUUUCUUCUACAUCAGCAUGCUGGCUGCUGAGUACUUAAGCGGAUCUGUUUCUUUGUUUCCAGCAAAAGGAUCAAACCUGUUGUAAGUAUAAUCUAGAAUGCGUCUUGCAAUCCUCAGCAGUGGACCAUCUUCAAGCUUUGGGUGUCAGUACCACGACGGACCACCAAACAAGGUUUUCUAAUUUGAACACGAGUACAAGCGCGAACAAGGAAGAGUGGCAGUUUACUUCUUGAAUAACUUUGCAGGAGGAUCCUCGUCAUCGGAGCCGCUCGCCAAGAAUCGCGUGGAUGCUCUCAGUAUCAGCAUCGAAAAACCCGCUUCCCCUCCUCCAGCUGCAAGUAGUAGAGCGUCUUCACUAAAAUCCAAUAAGGCAGCAUCUUCAGUUAUGUGAAGGUGUCUGGGGUAGGGGUGGUGAUUUCUCUUGCUCGUCCCGCUAAAGUUGUGUUAACUUGAUUCGUUGAAUCAAUUUUCGAUUGUGGUCAAUAAAAGCAGGUGCAGGUUGCUACGUCUCUAAUAUCUUAGAGGAGGAAGCUGUAAAAGCCACGGAGAUUCGGUCGCAGGUAAAGCGGAGCCUCAGCCCAGGGGAGUCAUUCACGCACUACAUCACGCUCGAAUCCCUGGCGCCCUUCUUUUAUGUUGAACAUCGUUUGUGGAGUAGUUCCUUUUUUUACAGUUUUUGUCGUUCUUUGUGUCGUGUAGUUCUAGUAACUUGUAGUUUGUUUCAUUAAGUAUGCAACUGGAACUCCUAGUUACCGCGCGAGAUGUUAACUGAGAAGAAUGCAAACAAAAACAUUUUUCCACCACAUCAUGGGGAUAGUACCAUCACCCGAUACAAGUUCUAAUACCCGCAACCCCUGAAGUAUGUGGUGACCUACCGACUCGACGGUGAGGACGUGACUCUGCCACUUACGCUGCCAGCGAUCAUGACGAAGUUUUGCGUUGCUGAGGCGGUCGAUAAUUUUCUGAAGCGAUGGGCAGGAUGCGGUGAAGCCUCAGAGGCGAUUCAGACGGGGCCCGCUAAACUGAUGAAGGGUCCGCAGACCGACCAAAUACUGAAAGGACUCAAUUUGCACCUCGUGCCGGUAUAGCUUCCAUAAACAAUAAAAUUACACUAUUCUUGGUCACACUUGAUAGAGGUCAGCGGGAAAACUUGAGUAGCUGCGCUGGCAAGAUUUUGCCUUUUCCCACUGUGGCCGCUCCGAGUGCCGUAUAAAGUUGGGCCAUAUAUCGCCGUGCUCUUUCACGCGCCUGGUCUGGAGGGAGUUUUAAUAUCGGGUUGUCUGUUUUAUCGGGUUUGGCCCGCCGUUAGGCUCGCAGUACUGCACCGGGAAAUAAUAUGACGAUGUCUACUUUAGUCGUCGUAUUUGAGCAGUUAAGAACAACACUAGCACUACAAUACGUAGUGGAUUAAGUUUAAGAUCAUCGAGAGACAAUAUGAAUGUUAUUCGCAAAUUAGGUUGAAGCCUCGAUUUACUAAACACAGGUUGCGGGCGAGCAGUAUAUGGGAAGCAGCAAGUUUAUGAGACAGUCCGUUGUUGCAAAGUUAUAACGGGAUAUUCUUCAUCACCUUUCUCAUGAAACAAGUCUGCGGCCUUUGUCUUCAGACAUGACUAGCGGUAGCGCGCUACAACAUACGGCAAUGCUGGUAGAUAGUGUUGAACCAUUAAAAAAGAUAUUGAUGCUGGAGGUGUUCGCAUUGAUUAUUGAUACCUACAAAGUGAUAUAUAAUAAGCCGUCUCCUUGUGGUCCAUGUCCCAUCCCGUCCCUCGCCUUUCAUCGAGAUAUAUCUGGGUGGGAACCGAUCGGAAAUUUUGCUGGUGCGUGUCGAUUUUUCGCGAGGUGCGGACAAAGUUACCGUGCUGGUGCGUUCUACUGACCCUGCAGCAAGCAAGAGUACCGCCCAGAUAUAUGCCAGCUACUUGAUUGAUGCUGCGAAGAACAAAUAGAAGAACAAGAAAGUCAGAUGAGUAGGCGUCAUGCACACAAGAAUUGCAUUUUGUGCAGAGAGAACGUGAAUUGCCUUGUUUCCCAUCAUGUUGAUGUAUACCAGUCGACAUUUGGCUACAUAUUGCUCUUACAAUUAUCUCAUCCUGAUUUCUUUGAAACUUCAAAUUCUAAGCUAUAAUUUUUGUGUACGUUAUUUACCUGUUGUUCUGUGUUUUUUGCAAAAAUAUUCAUGCAUCAUACAAGUACGAGGGAGACUCAUAUUGUACACUAGCGACCGACCCACCAAGGCCAAAGAAAGGGUUCGAUUGAUGCAAAAACAAAACUUUCAUGUACUAAAUGACUUCUGGUGAAUUCUGAAAAGAAAAAGAAUAGAUUCAAUACGUCAGAAGUGAAGAACAAUUUCAUUGCAGCUUUUGAUGUUAGUUUUUUCCGGUGUUAUUUUCCAUAGUCUUCACAUGUGGACGACGACGUCGGCGACGAGACCACGUUGUCGCUGGUAUAAAAAGGAAAGAAUGAUAAAGAUGUUGUUGUCAGUGCAUUAAGCAAAAUAGGCAAUAUUCAUUCAGAAAGAGAUCAUGAUCUUGUACAACUGUACACCUUCCCAAUUAAUAUCAAACUAAGGCAAGGCUGAAGAUCAAGAUAGUACCUGUACGAUGGGCUCUAAGCCAUAGUCAAC